AAAAAGAUUGCAAAUAUUAUAUUUAGACAUUCCGGCAUCUAUUUGCAAACAAAGUUGUAUUUUUACUCGAAAAGUAUAAUUAAUGGAAUUUUGACAUUGCCAGAAAAAGUCGAAGUGAUAAGUUUUUAUUUAAUUUAUUUAAUUAACUCACUAUCGCAAAUAACCCAAUAAUACAUUUUUUCAAAGACUUGAAACUUUAGCUCAUAUUACACUGAAACUACACAUCUGGCAUUACAAAUGAUGAAAUGAUCUGUAUUUCUAUGUAUGGUGUAACAGUCAUCCAAUAUAUCCUAAUCUAACCUAUACUGAGAGCAGCACAUAUUCAGAAUACCCUCCAAACAUGUAUACCAAGUAAUAUCAAACUUGUAAAACGAAAAAUAAAUGCACUUAAGAAUCAUGUGAUGAAAUUAAGAAUUUCAAAAUAAAAUUUUUCCAUGCAGCUUUACGCGCCCAUCCAGAAUCUCUGAUCAACUCUGCCAUGUAACUAAUAACAAGAGAAAAUUUUACAUUUUGAUGUUAAAAGGCGUUACAGCGCUAUACACAAUAUACCACAUUCUGAUAUUCCAGUGACAACGCGACGUUAAUAAAAACUUGGAUCGCUCGAUUUGGUAUACAUUUCAAAUUCACUAACCCAAGGUCAAUUCGAAUGUAAAAUUUUAAGUUAACUUAACAACAGACAAAUCACAUUCAAACAAAAACUUAUCAUAUCAUACAUAAAGUAACUUCAACAUUAAAAUAUAAAUAGGACAAAAUAAAUACUCGAAUUACCACGCAGGCGAAAACGGAAAAUUAUUCCACUCAAUGCGACCCGUAAACGCGUUAAAUGGUAAGAUAUGUUACUAAAAUCUCAGGCAAUUUUGUGCUUACUGGACUCAGUAUUGUUUGGUCACGACUCAAAGAUGGACACCAGCUAAGAGAAACUAUUUCUGCUAUGAAGGCAAAAAAAGUGGUUGGGUACUAGUAAUAAAAAAUGGCAAAAAGAAGAAGAAUUUUACCUAUUUGUCAUACUAUGCUAACCGCAGUAGAUAUCUACCGAUUUCUUCGAGCAGAUUUGGCUCAUGUCAGAAGCAUAAAGAAGCUGAUUUAAACUAUAAAAUCUACGGUGCGUUAUACCUAUGCUUAGCAGUGGAUAACUGGUUACCCACAUUGGAUGUAAUUGGUUUGAGAGAUACACUAAUUUUAGUUUUACAUUAAACAGCUAUGCAUGGAGUUUAUUUUUACAUCUUACAACUUACAUCUCAUCCCGCGUAUACUUAUAAAACCAAAUCGUCUUUCCGGGAAUGUCAAAAAUAUAUAAAUGCCCGAAUGUCCUUAAACAUUUGUAAUCUGUAUUUGUUUACAUUGAAAUUUAAGUGUUUCUAAUAAUAUUUUUACUUUUUUGUUCUUAUAGGAUUCGAAAAUUGACACUUAUCAAAAAAUGUGGCAAUACAUGGAGACUCGACAUUCUUCGGUGUUUGUAAAGACUUAUGAGGAAGGAAUUAAGCGUGUCAUAGAAGGAAAUUAUGCCUUUCUUAUGGAAUCGACAAUGCUGGAUUACGCAGUACAGCGAGACUGUAACUUAACACAAAUUGGCGGGCUUCUCGAUUCAAAAGGUUAUGGAAUUGCCACACCAAAAGGUUCCCUCUGGCGUGAUCCUAUGUCAUUGGCAAUCUUGGAAUUACAAGAAAAAGGGAUCAUACAAAUAUUAUAUGAUAAAUGGUGGAAAAACACUGGUGACGUUUGCAAUCGGGAAGAAAAAAGUAAAGAAUCGAAAGCAAACGCAUUGGGAGUAGAAAAUAUAGGAGGUGUUUUCGUAGUCUUACUAUGUGGUUUAGCUUUAGCAGUUGUUGUUGCUAUUUUGGAGUUUUGUUGGAAUUCCAAAAAAACUUUACAACUGAUCGAAACGCAAACUUUGUGUUCUAAAAUGACUGAAGAGCCGAGGUAUGCUACACAUUGCCCCGAGUCAAAGCAACGUCAAUCCUCAAAGCGUAACUCAGUCAAAUUUCUACCGGAGUCCACCUAUGUGCCAGCUGAUACAGGAAGUGGUAUACUAAAUAGUAGUGGGGUACAUUAUAAUUAUUUUGAUUAGAUAUUUAAGAAAAACCUAAAUCAAGUGUACGUACUCAAAUAUAAUUAUAAUCUUUUUAUGUUAAGUAUAAGUAUAAUUUAAAAACUUCUUCUGUCUUGAA